AUGAUACCUCGUAAUCCUACCGGCUGGAUAUCACUCAUACUCAUACCGGGUGCAUUUAUUACUGGUGUAGUAUUGCAUCAAAAGGCAGAGCAAGAAAGAGCACUAUCAAAAGAAAUGGAUCCAUCUGUCCCAUUGGACCCCGCCCGCAAAGCAGAGCUGCUCAGACAGCGCGAAGAAAUAUUAAAGAAACUACACGAGUAUAAACGUGAGAACUAA